UCAUGGAGAAGUAAGUUGGUGCCUUCGGAGCUCGCGGUCAGCCCCAGGCUCGAGAGAGAGGAGCACCCCCCAGAUCCCGCCGGGUCUGGCAGCCAGACCGAACCGCCCGGGAUCAUGGCGCCGGCAUGGCAGCCCCUGCCCCGAUUCCUCACCCAGGCUGUGCUGGCUUCCGUCCUCCUGGCUGACAACUUCUCCCGGGCGGGAGCCUUGGAGACGGUGCCGGAAAGCAACGUGAGCUGCCAAGGGUCCAACACGUGCCAUCCGGGGGUGCUGCUGCCCGUCUGGCAGCCGGACAACCCCUCCUUCGGCGACAAAGCUGCUCGGGCCAUUGUCUACUUCGUGGCCAUGAUGUACAUGUUCCUGGGGGUCUCCAUCAUCGCCGACCGCUUCAUGGCCUCCAUCGAGGUCAUCACCUCCAAGGAAAAGGAAAUCACCGUCACCAAGGCCAACGGCGAGACCAGCAUCGGCACAGUGCGGAUCUGGAACGAGACGGUCUCCAACCUGACCCUGAUGGCGCUGGGCUCCUCCGCACCCGAGAUCCUGCUCUCUGUCAUCGAGGUGUGUGGGCACAACUUCCAAGCUGGGGAGCUGGGGCCCGGCACCAUUGUGGGCAGCGCCGCCUUCAACAUGUUCGUGGUGAUCGCCAUCUGCGUUUACGUCAUCCCCGCCGGGGAGAGCCGCAAGAUCAAACACCUGCGGGUCUUCUUCGUCACGGCCUCCUGGAGCAUCUUCGCCUACAUCUGGCUCUAUCUGAUCCUAGCGGUCAUCUCCCCGGGCGUGGUGCAGGUCUGGGAAGCUCUGCUGACGCUCGUCUUCUUCCCGGUCUGCGUGGUCUUCGCCUGGAUCGCCGACAAGCGGCUCUUCUUCUACAAGUACGUCUACAAGAGGUACCGCGCCGACCCGCGGAGCGGCAUCAUCAUCGGCACCGAAGGAGAGUUCCCCAAAGACAUCGAGAUGGAUGGCAGCUUCCUGGCCAAUGACCACCGGGAGAACGUCUUCAUGGACGGGGCGGCUUCCGCGUCCCCGGCCCUGGCCUCCUCCACCCAAGAGGAGAAGGAACUGGACGAGAGCCGCAAGGAGGUGAUCCAGAUUCUCAAGGACCUCAAGCAGAAGCACCCGGACAAAGAGCUGGAGCAGCUGGUGGAGAUGGCCAACUACUACGCCCUGCUGCACCAACAGAAGAGCCGAGCUUUCUACCGCAUCCAAGCCACCCGCAUGAUGACCGGGGCUGGGAACAUCCUGAAGAAACACGUCUCGGAGUUCUCCAAGAAGUCGUCCAACCUUCUGGAGGCGCCGUCGGAGGCAGAGGAGGAGAACUACAGCAAGAUCUUCUUCGAGCCCUGCCUGUACCACUGCCUGGAGAACUGCGGCUCGGUCACGCUGACCGUGGCCUGCCAGCAGGGUGGGGAGGGCAACCACACCUUCUACGUGGACUACAAGACGGAGGACGGCUCGGCCAAGGCGGGCUCCGACUACGAAUAUAGCGAGGGGACGCUGAUCUUCAAGCCGGGCGAGACGCAGAAGGAGCUGAAGAUUGGCAUCAUCGACGACGAUAUCUUCGAGGAAGACGAGCACUUUUUCGUCCGCCUGCUCAACCUGCGGGUGGGGGACGCUGAGGGCAUGUUCGAGUCCGACUCGGCCGACCACCCCAAGGGGCGUCUGGUGGCCCCGCUGAUCGCUACCGUCACCAUCCUGGACGACGACCACGCCGGCAUCUUCACCUUCCAGGACAAGCUGUUGCGUGUCAGCGAGUGCCAGGGCACCAUGGAAGUGAAGGUGGUGCGGAGCUCUGGGGCGCGGGGGACGGUGAUUGUCCCCUACCGGACAGUGGAGGGGACGGCUCGCGGAGCGGGCAUCGACUAUGAAGACGCCUGCGGGGAGCUGGAAUUCAAGGACGACGAGACAGUGAAAGGCCUGCAGGUGAAGAUUGUGGACGAUGAAGAGUAUGAGAAGAAGGACAACUUCUUCAUCGAGCUGGGGCAGCCGCGCUGGCUGAAACGGGGCAUCUCGGCUCUCUUGCUAACUCAAGCCGACGGGGACAAGAAGCUCUCGGCAGAGGAGGAGGAAGCCUGGAGGAUCGCAGAAAUGGGCAAGCCGAUCCUGGGGGAGAACUGCCGGCUGGAAGUCAUCAUCGAGGAGUCGUACGACUUUAAGAACACCGUGGACAAGCUGAUCAAGAAAACCAACCUGGCCCUGGUCAUCGGCACCCACUCCUGGAGGGAGCAGUUCCUGGACGCCAUCACUGUGAGCGCAGGUGAUGAGGAAGAGGAGGAGGACGGGCGGGAGGAGAAGCUCCCGUCCUGCUUUGACUACGUCAUGCACUUCCUGACGGUGUUCUGGAAGGUGUUGUUCGCCUGUGUGCCGCCCACCGAGUACUGGAACGGCUGGGCCUGCUUCAGCGUCUCCAUCCUGGUGAUCGGGCUCCUCACCGCCCUCAUCGGGGACCUGGCCUCCCACUUUGGCUGCACCGUGGGCCUCAAGGACUCCGUCAAUGCCGUGGUCUUCGUGGCCUUGGGCACCUCCAUCCCGGACACCUUUGCCAGCAAGGUGGCCGCCCUGCAGGACCAAUGCGCCGACGCCUCCAUCGGCAACGUGACGGGGAGCAACGCGGUGAACGUGUUCCUGGGCCUGGGCGUGGCCUGGUCGGUGGCCGCCAUCUACUGGGCCGCGCAGGGCCAGGACUUCAAGGUGCAGACGGGCACCCUGGCCUUCUCCGUCACCCUCUUCACCAUCUUCGCCUUCGUCUGCAUCAGCGUGCUCAUGUACCGCCGCCGGCCGAGCAUCGGGGGCGAGCUGGGGGGCCCCCGGCCGGCCAAGCUCCUCACCGCCGGCCUCUUCCUCGGACUCUGGUUCCUCUACAUCCUCUUCUCCAGCCUCGAGGCCUAUUGCCACAUCCGGGGCUUCUGAGCUAGUGUCGGGGGUGGGGACGCUGCCCCCCCCUCCACCGUCCCCUUUGCCCAGAGACACCGCCUGGGGGGGAAAGGAGGGGGUCCUGCUCCAUCCCAGCACCCAGAUCUUUGAGUGUCCUCGUUUGUUUUUGUAGGGUCUGCGUGGAACCAGGAGCUGCCCCCCCAAUCUGUCAUGGGUGCAGCCAUUAUAUGGGGGGACGAGGCCCCCCUAAUUUUUAGCACCUCAUUGAUGUCACCUCCCCCCUAUGAACAAUGCCCAUGAACAUCGGAUCUGGCACAGCCCCUCCCUCCCCCCAGCUUAUAGGGGGUGCUUGGAAGUGAGCGUGACCCCUAGGGGCUGGUGAGGUUUGGGGGGAUUGGAGGGGAGCAAGGUUUAGGAGAAGGGGAAGCUGGGGGGGGAGUGCUACAUUCCCCCCCCCAUGGUGUUUUCGUUUAACUUGUUUCGUUCUGCAUUGUGCUCUUCUCCUCGAGUCUGGGGGCGGGCUGGGGCAUCGGCCGGACACAGGGACUCAAACUGCAGCUGGGCCUGGAAGGGUGAUUUGAGGGACGGGGGUGACUCGAUCCCCACCCCGCCCCCGGCUCUGGAGAGGUGCAAGAACCAGCAGCCAGAUCCCACCUGCGGCGGAAGAAGGGCGCCCCCCCACGUGUCGGCCUGUCACAGGGGGCCGCGCGCAGUGGGGGGCUCUGGGAGCCAAGCAGCUGGGCUGAUGGUGUGUGCCCCCCCCCCGCGCCGCACCCCCAUUGGUUUCAUUGCCGGCCUCUCGCCUCCGGCCGCCCGCUCAUAAACGGGGGGUGGCACUGGGCCCCCUGCUCCACAGCCUGUUGUGACGUCCCGGUGCGGACAUGUGUAUACAUACUGCGUGCGCACACACACACACCCUGCACGUAGACACACACACACUGUGUGCACACGCACACACACACACCCUGCACGUAGACACACACACACUGUGUGCACACGCACACACACACAACCUGCACGUAGACACACACACACUGCAUGCACACGCACACACACACACCCUGCAUGUAGACACACACACUGUGUGCACACGCACACACACACCCCCUGCACGUAGACAUACACACACACACACACACUGCACGUGUAUACAUACUGCGCGCUUACACACACACACUACUGUAUGGACACACUUUACACAUGCAUGCACAUGCUGCACAUAGACACACACACAAAACGCACUCUGCAAGCACAGGCGCACACACUGCACAAACAGUUCACACAUACACUGCACACACACCAUGACUCCCAUUCACAUUUGCACACACACAUACUGCAUGCACACACAUGCACACGCACUGCAUUUGUGUACACACACACACACACACACACACA